AUGUAUUACCCCAAAUGCAAAAUUCUCAAUUGCUUUAUCCUGUUUUCAGCUGCUGAAAUUUCAACGAAUGUUUACUGGCGGACACCAUUCCAAAGUUUAUUGAGCUAUAAACAGUUGACAGAGUUCAUGGUUUUACAGUCAGAACCAGUGGAACGCUCGAAAGAAGCUUCUGCUUCAUCUCAGGUAAGGCUAUUUCUACGAUAAGGGCAUUUUCAUGGCCAUGAUGCGUACUUACGUACCGGAGGUACGCCAAUAUUACGGUCUGGUACUUCUUUGUUUUCAGCCACGUACCACGUUGGUACGCGGAGCUUUUGCUAUCUGCGUACUUACUUUUUGUUGGUACCACAUGACCUUUCCAAGUCCAAGGUAUUCAUUACUGUGAUUUAGUUGGUAUAUCAUGUGUCUGACAUGUCUUGGCAUGAAACAUGAUUGCACUGAUGGCACUAAGAAACGUUGGAGUCGAUUGUUUGGAUAUGCAAUUCUGCUUCUUUUUUUACCUCCUAGCGUGAAUAUGCUUUUCAGAAACCUGUACUUAAUUAUGAACCUUAUUUCUAUUAUGGUAAAUUUUGUAUUUAGGUUUACAUUGUCAACUGUAAAUAUAGAAGUACUCAAAACCGCAAAGAAAAAUCACGAGAAUUUUUCACCCUGUAAAAACCACUUCACAAGCAUUUAGCUUUUCCAGCACCACGUUGAAAAUAUGAUUACAUUAUACAGACUAUUAGUUUUACAACCUUUGUAAUGGUAUUCCUUAGAAAUAGAAUACCUCAACUGUACACACUGUUAAACAAAAACUCUGUGGCUUUCUUCGUGUUUGGCGCAAUCGCAGCAUCGUGUAUAAAAUGAUCCGCUCGUCUGUAACAGGGACGAAACGGGAAAACAUUUUAUUUUGGUGCGGAGAUGAAUAGUGCAACGAUACCCGGAGCUAAGCAACCAAUCAAUGAAAUUGCGCGAAAAGAACUAUCCUCUGGACCUCUAAUAUAUGCUAAUCCACUAUAUCGAAACUAUUUGCAAAAAUAUAAGAAAGUACUAGAAAAAUAUUAUGGUCAGCUGAAUUUUCUUUUUAAAUUGGGCCGUAACGUUCUUUAAUUGUUAAACUGUUUAUCAUACAUUUUGUAGCAUUGUUUGUCAGACGUAUGGGUUACGAGAACAUCGGAAAUUGGUCUGAAUGACACUCAGUAUCAUUGUCGUACACACUUGGGUCAUCUGUUGAAGGCCGGAGAUCUCGUCAUGGGGUGA